GCAAUUAAUAGGCCGGCCGGCCAGUCUUUUCAAUGAACAAAAAACAACACACAUUAUAUACGCAGUAUAAAUUUCCGCAUAAGGACUCGUCACAUGUUAAACUUGACAAGAAAAAAUCUCAGGCCAUAUUCCCGAAGGAAGAAGAGAACUAGCUAGCUCCCUCAUACAAUAAUUAAUUAAUACAUUCUCACUGGUACUUCUCUUUCUUCCCCCAACUCCAAGCACACCCACCGUGUGUGUCUGUAUUUCAUUUUUGAUCCCAACCUUUGCGUCUUCUACCUUGCAAUCUCACAUCAAGACAAUGAUAGACCUGUUCAUGAGCCACUGCACCCACAUUUCUUCUACAGUUCUCUUGUUUCUUUCAUGACUUUUUGUAUUGAUUGCCCUAAGAAAACCUCUAUAAAAAAACAAAAAGUUGGGUCCUUUAUUUAUUUACGAAGAUAUUGUAGCGGGAAGAGAACAAAAAAUGAAGUCAUGAAUUACAUGCUAUGGAGUUAUAUUCUUAUUACAAGAACACUUUUAUAAAUGUUCUUUUUUGUGGAUCUGAGUAGGUGACACCGGAAGGUGCAGCGCUAACGCUACGAUGGGUCUUGAUUACUUCUUUUAUUCACUUGUUUAGGAAGUUUUAGGUUUCUGGUAUGAUGUUGUGGCUCAAUGGUUCUUGUUCUUGGCAAGUUUUUAUUCUGGAGAGUGGAUGCUUAGCCUUUUUCAUUUUAUUGCAUUUUGGAUAGAGCCUGAUAAAGGAAACAGAGCUUGGUCAACUAAAAUAAAAACAAAACUGCCCUUUUUAGCUGAUGAACAAAUAUAGUUAUUUGCAUUAGCUUAUAAACCAUCUUUUACAACAAUUAAAAAACAUCUUUUACAGGGAUCCAUUAGCUUGGGGUAAUGGGGUUUGAACAUAAUAUUUCUCUGUAGAACAUUACUGUUGUUGGAAUUAAAUAAUCUGUAGGUAGAAUAUACUAAUUUGUGUAGGUAAAAGUGAUUUUGAUUUUGCAUGCUUUAAACUGAGCUGAAUAAGCAUUGAUGGUUUGUGUGCUUUUUUUUGUGUGCUCAUAGAGAGUAUGCUUCAAGACAGUUUGAAAUCGAUUGUGUACAGAUUGUUGCUCACAUGCGAUGAUCCCAAAGGUGUUGUUGAAUGUAAGAUGAUUAGUAGAUCCAAGGAUGAACCCUGGGGAGAUAAGAGUGUAAAACAAGUGGUACAUAACAAGGAAGAAAUGGUCAUCAGGCGGUAUGAAGAAGCAGAAGAAGAGUUGAAUUCGAGUUGGAGAGGAGCUCAGGAUUUGAACCGGGUAAUUGACUCAUGGCCGGAAGGGGAAAGCUUUGACAGGCAGUCCAAAGAUAUUGCAAAAGACUUGCUGAAAGGAGCACUUGAAUUGCAGGAUUCUCUCCUUAUGCUCGGGAAGUUGCAAGAAGCAUCAAAAUAUCUGUCCAAGCUGAAGAAAAUGCCAAACAAGAAAGUGCGAAAAGUUGGGAGGGAUUGUUACGAUGAGCUCCGGGAGGUGAUUAUGGAGAGCUUUGCUAGACAGAAUUUGUUGCCAACCUCCACUGUCCAAAGGGUUUCUUUUGAAAGUAGAGAGUUUGAGUUGUUUCCAGAUGUACCCUCCACUAGCUCAAGCCAAUCAGCCCUUGAAAAGAAUAGUUUUUAUGGAAGAAGAACCGCUCUCACUGCUAAUGAUCUUCAACAGUUGCCCUCUAUUGGCGCUCCUUUGCCAGAAGUCAAACAGUAUAAGCCAAAGGGUCCAAACCUGAUUGCCAAACUUAUGGGUCUUGAACAAAUUCCCCCAACUUUAUAUAAUGAUGGUUCAGGCAAGGACAUGCUUUUCCAUCAAAGGAGGCCUGUUUUUGAAAUCGAUUUGCCGAAGGCAAAGAAACCUCACAUCGUCACCAAUAAGGUUGAUCCACGAUGCAAAACUCUGGAAGAGAUCAUUGAAACAAUGCAGUUUAAAGGGCUGUUGAAAAGUAGGUUUGUCGACGGAUCAAAGCACGGAACUUGCGAGCACAACAGCACUGCAGACACCCCACAAAUUGUGAUUAUGAAGCCCUGUUAUGCCCCUCAAAAACAUCAGGCAGUAAGGAUUCCUACAAAUACAUCUCCCGUUUACAACACCGAGGAGAAGGUGGUUAGGAAAAGCAGUAGGGAAGGAUUUUCUCCCGACACAUGUGACACUCAGAAGCGAGUCGUAGAUAAGGCAUUCUAUAAAAACCCGAGGGCAGAAAAUGGUGCAAUAAAGAAACCUAUUCAUAAAAAGGGAGCUAAGGAAAAACUGCCCCCUACUACGACUAAGGUGUGUGAUCCCGCAAAGCCUAGGAAACAGAAUAAUAAAGAAGUUAACGAGAAGAAACUUGACAACAUUCAGAAAGUAGGUCCUACUUAUCUGAGAAAAAAAGAACGUAUGAAAAAUGUGAAUGUUAAGUAUGCAGAUAAAUCUAACAGCCAAACAAAACUCAGAAAAGAAGAUGAGCCACAUACGUCAGAAAAACAGCUUACAUGGCAAAAGAGUAGCAUCUCAAACCAUACCAGGAAGAAUAUGAAAACAGACAAACCACUUGUACCGAAGCAGUUUGAGAAUAAGGAGGAGAAGGAUGUGAAAAAUAGACUUAUAUCCAAGAAAAAUACCUGCAAAUAUGACAAGAAAGCUGAUCCUUCUGAAAAAGUCCAUCUCCUCGAAGCUUCUGGUACUUGUGAGAAUCACCUCAACGAUGAUCAUAUCACGAAUGAAAGUGUUCCAUGUGAACCCAUUAUGCUAACUGGGAUUGAACAUUUGAGAAGCUACGAAGAUUUCUGUGGCAGAACCCUUUGUUUAAAUAAUCUGUAUUCCUUAAUAGAAAAAGAUCUGUUUUGCAAGGGAUGGUGGGAUUUGGGUUGGAGUGAAGGGUUUAGUUCAGAUGAAAUAGUUGCUGACAUAGAAAAGCAAAUGCUGUGUGGUAUGAUUGAGGGCGCACUCGCAGAUUUUGCCUCAUAACUCCUGUGAAACUUACACCCAAAGUUGUGAUUCCGUUACAUCACAUUCUCAUUCAUGCAAUUGCCGAAGUACAUAUAAGGCUGCACCAGGCAGAGAAAUAAGAAUGAGAGCAUGUUUGAUAAACAUUUGCUUGUAUGAGUUUUAUUCCAAGUUUAAGAAACCGGACUGGGAAGUGACCCGGCCACGUGAUCGAGUCAACCUGGUCGACGCCAUAAAACCAGUCAAUCAUAUAAUAAUAGGCAUAUAAUUGUAUACAAAAUUAAAAUAAAAGGUAGUUAUUAUUUCUUAAUAAUAUAAUCAACUGAUGAUAAUACUUACUAAACAUUUUAAAGUUAAAACAAUCUC